AUGGUGGAGUUCCCAUCCCUCAGCCCUUACUGGCCGCUUCUUCGCUUCCUGGUGCCUCUGGCGAUAACCAAUGUUGCCAUCGACAUCGGCGAGCAGGCGCUCAACAGGGGCAUCGCCACCGUCAAAGAGGACGCGGUGGAGAUGCUGGCCAGCUACGGCCUGGCCUAUUCGCUCAUGAAGUUCUUCACAGGCCCCAUGAGCGACUUCAAGAACGUGGGCCUCGUGUUUGUCAACAGCAAGCGCGACCGCCGGAAGGCCGUCUUGUGCAUGGCGGCGGCGGGCGUCAUCGCCUUCGCGCUGCACAUCUUGAUAGCCUACACGGACUUGGGCUACUACAUCAUUAACAAGCUCCACCAUGUGGACGAGUCGGUGGGUCACAAAACCUGCAAGGCCUUCCUCUACUUGGCCGCUUUCCCUCUAUUGGACGCCAUGGCGUGGAUUCACGCCGGGAUCCUCCUCAAGCACAAGUACAGCGUCAUCGUGGGCUCCGCUUCCAUCUCAGACGUAGUGGCUCAGAUUAUAUUCGUAGCCAUCCUGCUGCACAGCAACCUGGAGUGCGUGGAGCCCCUCCUUAUCCCUAUCCUCUCCCUGUACAUGGGCGCCCUUGUCCGAUUCAGCAUCGUCGGCUUGGGCUACUACUGCAACAUCCAUGACACCAUCCCGGAUUCUAGCGGAUUGGAUGUCGGGGGUGAUGCCACUAUUAAGAAGAUGCUGAGUUUCUGGUGGCCGUUGGCGCUCAUCCUCGCAACGCAGCGCAUCAGUCGGCCAAUUGUUAACCUGUUUGUGUCAAGAGAUCUCAAGGGGACCACUGAGGCGACAGAGGCGGUCGCUGUGCUCACGGCGACGUAUCCGGUGGGCCACAUGCCGUAUGGUUGGUUAACAGAACUGAGAGCCGUGUAUCCCGCUUUUGAUAAGAACAACCCAAGCAACAAGCUGAACGCUGGCACCCCCGUCACCAAGUCGCAUAUUAAAAAGUUUACAUUCUGCUGUCUGGCAUUGUCGCUCACGCUUUGCUUUGUAGUUUUCUGGAGCCCUCAUGUCUCCGAGAAGAUCCUAGUGGACAUCAUCGGCGUGGAUUAUCCUUUCGCUAUGCUUUGUGUGGUGCCCCUUCGCAUUUUUUCUUUCUUCCCGCUUCCAGUGACAGUUCGAGCCCACCUGACCGGCUGGCUGAUGACGCUGAAGAAGACGUUCGUGUUGGCCCCCAGUUCGGUGCUGCGCAUCAUCGUCCUCAUCACUAGUCUGGUGGUGCUGCCUUACAUGGGGGUUCACGGGGCCACGCUGGGGGUGGGCUCCCUCCUGGCCGGCUUCAUCGGUGAGUCCACAAUGGUUGCCAUAGCAGCCUGCUAUGUUUACCGACAACAGCGUCACAACGAGCUUUCCAAUGAGCUAGUCGUGGAAGGCGAGGACUCCGCCCCCAUGAGCGAAGUGUGCUCACGCUCGCCCACGGACGCCAUCGAAGAGCUUCGUGACGACGAGGAAGCACGCGAGUGA